UAUUAAGCAUGAUAUGAGGGAACAUCGGAGAACUACUUGUUUGGUUAAUUUUUUCUGGUAGAUCUGGUUGCAACAUCGUCAGUGGUGGACAGAGAAUAUCUCUCCUUUAAGCGAUCUUUUGAGUACUGAGUAGAUCGGAUUGAGAACCUAAGAUCAGACCAAAACUAGGAUGCAAGCGUGUGCUUCUACUCCCAAAAAAGACCAGGCGCUGGCCGAGGGAUCUCUUCUGCUGAGGAACCUACUCGGAGUCAGUCCGGUCACCUUGGUCAGAAACCAGGACAAGGGCAUGGAAUCCUUUCGUGAGAGAGAUUCUGGACUUGGAACCUCUUAUCAAUCCUGGCUGGGUGCUUCACAAUCCAUGAACAGAGGAAUUGAACCUUCCCUGCACAGCCUUUUAAGAAUGGAUCCUCCGAGGAUUAGAUCCAACAGUUUCGGAACUUUGGCGGAUUUUCGACGGCCUCUGAUGAGAACAGCUGCUGGAUGCGUUUCUCCCCCGAUUAGUUUCUGUGAUGCUGGACCCUAUCAUAGAUCGGUGUGCAGUGAGUCCGGUAGUCCAACCUUCGAUCAGGCGAUCAUCAUGGGUUGCAGAGGAGGAUCGCCGAACUCCGACGCCGGAUACGGAACCAGCGGAGGCAGCUCUCCGGACUACAACCUCUCUGAGCUAGUCCGAGCGAUGAACCUGAAGUAUGGAAAGGUUGAACCUUCCCCUUCCCACUCUCCACCCCAGGAUAUCAGUACUUCACCAAGAAGCCUCUUCGGCCAAAGGAAUAUGGAGAGUGGACGUGAGCCUCGUCAAGAAAGUCGAAGACCUAAGCUUCCUUCCAUCUCUGAGAUUGACCCCGCUGUAGCCCACGCUGUGAAGAACCUUCACAAUAUCAGCUUUGAGCAGAAUUCUAUCCUCAACAGUUUUCUAUCCACCAGCUCGAUGUCUCCGCACUCCCCGACCUCUGAGCACCAGGUAGGAGCUGCCAGCCUGCUAGCUGACCGCCACCAGGUCAACUCCUUGUUUGCAACCAACCCUUCAGACCCUAGCUCCCUGGACCGGGCUGCAAAGAUGUACAGGAAUGCCGCCUCUCUCUAUGAUGCCAAUUGCACCUGGUCCGGUCAACUUCCACCCAGAUCCAACAAGAAUCCGAUCUUCUCAUGCAAGAUAUUUCUGGGUGGGGUUCCGUGGGAUCUAACUGAGAAUAGUUUAGUACAGGCGUUCAAGCAGUUUGGUCAGAUUCAGAUUGAGUGGCCGGGAAGAGAGUCUUCUCCUUCUCCUCCUAAAGGAUACGUUUACGUGGUUUUCGACCAGGAGAAGAGUGUAAAAGCACUCCUCUCUCACUGUACUCAUGAUUAUUCUAAUGGUGGAAGUUGGUACUACAGAGUAUCCUCUAGAAGAAUGCGCUCUAAAGAGGUUCAGAUAAUUCCUUGGGUCAUCGGAGACUCAAACUACGUCCGUAGUCCGUCCCAGCGUCUUGAUCCACAGAACACUGUGUUCGUCGGCGCGCUGCACGGGAUGCUGAACGCCGAGGGCCUGGCGCACAUCUUUAACGAUCUGUUCGGUGGUGUAGUGUAUGCAGGGAUUGACACUGAUAAGCACAAGUACCCUAUCGGGAGUGGAAGGGUUACAUUCAACAAUACUAAAUCCUACAUGAAGGCCGUGGCUGCAGCAUUUAUCGAGAUCAAGACUCAGAAGUUUAACAAGAAGGUUCAGGUUGACCCAUACCUGGAGGACGCUCUGUGCUCUUCCUGUAGGCUUAAGCAGGGUCCAUAUUUCUGUAGAGACCUCACUUGCUUCAAGUACUUCUGCAGGUUCUGCUGGGAGCUUCAGCACAGUAUAGAGAUAAUUCGGCAUCACAAACCAUUGAUGAGAAACACGCGAACUGGAGGACCACCAGCAACCAGGUUUAUCUUGAUUUUUAUCUUGUAGUUACUCCAUGCUCAG